AUGGCGACAAAGUUCCAGGUGAAGACAACCUUUGAGGCUGCAAGAACCAUCGAGCCGAUUUACACGGGUGGGGAUGUGUCCGCCAAUGCGUCCGGCUCAUUAAUAGCAACGACCGUGGAUGAAGAUGUGUUGAUCGUGAACACAAGUUCCAAUCGGCCGUUGUGUCGAAUAGAAGGAGAUGGUGAAGCUGUGACGAGCUUGAGCCUUGGACCAGAAGCGUCUUACGUGGCAAUAUGCUCACGGUCACUAAGCAUGCGCAUCUUCUCGCUUGAUGUCAACGAUGAACAAACAGCCGCAACCGCAGUGCUACUGAGGAGCCUAAAAGCCCACACAACUCCGGUGGUCUCCUCCAGUAUCGACCCCACGGAGUCUUUACUGGCGACGGGUGCUGCAGACGGAGCAGUCAAGAUAUGGGACCUUAAAGGCGGCUUUACAACGCAUACCUUUCAUGCUCACGGUGGCGUUGUGUCUGCGAUCUGCUUCUUCCGCCUGCAGCUCGCACAGCAGAAGAGAAAAGGCGUGCCAAUAAAUCAACCAGCAUCAUCACUCGGCCUGGCAACGGGCGGUGAGGAAGGCAAGAUUCGAGUGUGGGACCUCGCUGCCAGCAAAGCUGUUGCAUCGCUCGAUGCUCACGCAAGUGUCGUAAGAUCACUAUGUUUUUCACAGCAUGAAGGGUUUUUGUUAUCAGCAAGCAGAGACAAGACCAUCAUAUUAUGGGACGCCAGGACAUGGCAACAGCGCAAAGUAAUCCCAGUUCUGGAAGUUGUCGAGACUUCUGGACUUCUCCUGAACGGUGCAUACUGUUUCGGAGGUGGGGAGAACGGCAACCUGAGGUUGUGGUCAACUUCCACUGGCAAGGAGAUUACGCCCAAGCAAGAGCCAGGACUCGAAACGGAUUCGAUCGUUACAGCAGUUUCAAUCAGCGCAGAAUCUCUGAUACUGACUAUCCACCAAGAUCAGACCAUGAAGUUUCAUUCCUACUCUCAACUAAGCAACGACGUACCGAAAGGUGCCUCAUGUCCACUGCCAGUGGUCCGGCGAAAAACAGCCAACCUCGACGAGGUCAUCGAUAUGGCUUGCGUUGGGCCUGAUCGAUCUACGAUGGCACUGGCGAUCAACACAGAGAGCAUCAAAUUAGUAUCAGCUGACGGGAGCUCAAGUGCAUCCGUAUUCGGCAACGACACUGGAUCAUUAGAUGGGCACACUGACAUAAUCAUUAGCUUAGACACGGAUUGGUCAGGGCAUUGGCUGGCGACAGGCGCCAAAGACAAUACGGCAAGGCUAUGGAGACUCGACCCAACAAAUUCAACCUUCCAAUGUGCAGCAGUCUUUGAAGGACAUGCUGAAUCUAUCGGAGCAGUUGCCCUGCCCAAAAGUCCACCCUCAGGCAACGCGGCAAAGCAUCCCUCAAAGCAUUUUCCAGCAUUCUUGAUCACAGGCUCACAAGACAAGACUAUCAAGAGAUGGGACACUUCGAAACUGAAAGUCAACAACGAUGAUGCUGUGCAGAGCGGCGUUCGCGCGAUCUAUACACGCGUUGCCCACGAAAAGGACAUCAAUGCCAUUGACGUUUCUCCGAUCGGACCUCUCUUCGCAUCCGCCUCGCAGGACCGGACCAUUAAAAUCUGGUCUCUCGAGGACGGCUCCGUGACAGGCAUCCUUCGUGGCCACAAGCGGGGCGUCUGGUCCAUCAAGUUCUCUCCAGCUGGCACGCCACCCAUCGCGCUUGCAGAAGGCGGAGCCAGCUCGUCCCGUGGCCUCCUCGUUAGUGGUUCCGGCGACAAGACAGUCAAAGUCUGGUCCCUCUCCACAUACACCUGCCUCCUCACCUUCGAAGGGCACAGUAACUCAGUCCUCAAGGUCAUUUGGCUCCCGCCCCUAGAUACCGACGCUACCACAUCAGACGACGACAUCGCUCACCGUAAAACCCAUUCACAACAUCCGACCAUUGCUUCCUCUUCUGCCGACACCCUCAUCAAGCUUUGGGAUCCAUACGCCCCAUCAGACUCCGACAACCUCCUCACCACACUCGACAACCACAGCGACCGCGUCUGGGCACUCGCCACACCGUGCUUUCCACACUCCACCGCUCCCACACCACCACCUUACCCCCUCAUCUCCGGCGCCGCCGACGCCACCCUCACCUUCUGGGCAGACACCACAACGCAAACCAGCGAGACCGUCACCCGUCAGGCCACAGAGCGCAUCGAACAAGACCAGCUCCUGCAGAACCACAUCAUGGCCAAGAACUACCGCGAGGUCAUCACGCUGAGCCUGGCGCUGAACCACCCGGGCCGCCUACUGCGCGUGUUCCAGGACGUCGUCGCCCUCCCUGCCGCCGAGCAAGAGCCUGGUAGCCUCACGGGCGUGCGCGCCGUGGACGACGUGCUCGCCAGCUUGGACGAGGAGCAGGUCUUCAAGUUGCUGGAGCGGGUGCGGGACUGGAACACCAAUGCACGCACCGCGGUCGUGGCGCAGCGCGUGCUCGGCACCCUGUUGCGCAGCUACGAUGUGGAUUUCUUUGUGGACUUGGCGGAGAACAGGCGCUUGAAGGGCGUGAGGCCGCUGCUCAGGGCGUUGGAGGUGUAUACCGAGCGGCACUACAAGAGAUUGGAGGAGCUGGUGGAUGAAAGUUAUCUGUUGGAGUACACUUUACGGGAGAUGGAUGAGAUAUCAGGGACUGCGAUGACUAGGAUCAACGGGAGUGCAAAAGCAGUGACCGCAGAUGCUGCGAUGGUGUAA